AUGGCUGUCUUUGUUCUCUUCAUGUUGUGGAGGUUUUUAUACUCUUGCUGGGUUUUGCCUAACCAGGCCUACCAGAAGCUUAGGAGGAAUGGAUUUAGUGGUCCAACUCCAAGUUUUCCUCUAGGAAAUAUUGCUGAUAUGAAGAAGAGUCUCCGCUCUUCUUCUUCAUCUUCUUCUUUAAGCAUCAGACAUGAUAUCCAUUCAAGAGUAUUUCCAUACUUUUCUCUGUGGCAGAAACUGCAUGGGAAGGUGUUUAUUUAUUGGUUGGGGACAGAGCCAUUUCUAUACAUUGCAGACCCUGAGUUUCUAAGGAAGAUUUCCGCUGGUGUUAUGGGCAAGAGUUGGGGAAAGCCCACUGCUAUGUCAAGCAUGAUGGUGGAAUCAAUCACAAACAUGCUCGAUCGGUGGACGGCCCUAAUCACCUCUGGAAAGCCCGAAAUCGACGUGGAGACAGAAAUCACGAGCACAGCCGGAGAGAUCAUAGCGAAGACGAGCUUCGGAAUGAGCUGCGAAAAAGGGAAAGAAGUGUUCGAAAAACUAAGAGCCAUGCAAAUGGCACUUUUCAAAUACACCCGUUACGUGGGUGUGCCCUUUAGCAAUUUCAUGUGUCCUUAUCAAAAUUCAGAGGCUAAAAAGCUUGGGAAAGAGAUUGAUGCUAUGCUAUUAUCAAUUAUAACGUCAAGAAAAUCAAAUGUAGGGCAGCCCCAGAAGGACCUUCUUAGCUUGUUAAUGGCGGAAAGCCAGGUGGGUGGGUCGUCGGAGAAGAAGUUGACGACGAGUGAGCUGGUGGAUGAGUGUAAAACUUUCUUCUUCGCAGGCCAUGAGACCACUGCUUUGGCUUUGACGUGGACGUUGCUACUCUUGGCCAUGCACACUGAGUGGCAGAAUCAGCUGAGAGAAGAGGUCAAAGAAGUGAUUGGAGAUGGAGAGAUUGAUGCCACCAUGCUUGCAAGACUAAAGAAGAUGGGAUGGGUAAUGAAUGAGGUUCUACGGUUAUACUCACCGGCACCAAACGUACAACGGCAAGCAAGAGAAGACAUCCGAGUGGACGGGGCGGUGAUCCCCAGUGGCACAAACAUGUGGAUCGACCUCGUUUCAAUGAACCACGACCGAUCACUUUGGGGCGACGACGUUUAUGAGUUCAAGCCAGAGAGGUUCAAGGAUGACUCGUUGUAUGGAGGAUGCAAGCACAAGAUGGGGUUUUUGCCUUUUGGGUUUGGAGGGAGAAUGUGUGUGGGAAGAAACUUGAGCAUGUUGGAGUACAAGAUUGUUUUAACUCUUAUUGUCACUAGGUUUUCGUUUUCCCUGUCGCCAAACUACUGCCAUUCUCCCUCUAUCAUGUUGUCUCUCAGGCCUACCCAAGGCCUGCCUNCUCACAAGGUUUUCGUUUUCCCUGUCGCCAAACUACUGCCAUUCUCCCUCUAUCAUGUUGUCUCUCAGGCCUACCCAAGGCCUGCCUCUUAUAUUUCAACAACUUUAGUUUUCUAA